AUGGUGUUCAAGCAACUUAGACUUCUUCUAUGGAAGAAUUAUAUCUUAAAGAAACGGAACAUCCUAGCAACAAUCAUAGAAAUCCUUCUACCAUUGUUGUCAUUAGGGAUUUUAAUUUGGCUUCGCCUGAUUAUUAAGUCAAAAAAAUUUAAUGCUACCCUGUAUGAUGACCAAUUCAUUGAUGAUCUGCCCACGUUUUUCGAAAAUCACUCUGCUCCUUGGGAACUGGUUUAUAUUCCUUCCAACAGUGAAGUUGUGAAAAAUAUCACUGAAGAGGUGAAAAAGGCCUUACACAAAAAUUUCAGAGUUCGAGGCUUUCUAUCAGAGGAUGAUUUUAAGGAUUACAUUAAAAAAGCUAAUCAUUCUUCAAAAGUGUUGGCUGCCAUUGUUUUUGACCACAUUUUUCUAAAAAGGGAUGACCCCUUGCCACUUAAGGUUAAGUAUAGCCUGCGAUUUCAUCCCUAUUCACGGAAUCAUAAGUUCAGCAGAUUUAUUUUUGACCCUUUUGAAAUGACCUGGAAAACUAGGACACUUUUUCCACUCACUCAACCCCUUGGGCCCAGACAACCCACUCAUUCUGAUGGAGGAGUUCCUGGAUAUAUCAGAGAAGGAUUUCUGGCGGUGCAGCAUGCUGUGAACAAAGCUAUCAUGAGGUAUCAUGCACCAGAAGCUGCCAGCAAUAUAUUUAACAAAAUCACAUUAAUUGUGAAGAGGUUUCCUUAUCCAGCUUUCUUUAUGGACUAUUUCCUCGAGGUUUUACAAUCUAUACUGCCUCUGCUUCUUGUGCUGGCUUUUACUUUUACUGUACUGAAUGUCAUCCGUAGCAUUGUGCUUGAGAAGGAGAAAAGACUGAAGGAAUAUAUGAGAAUGAUGGGACUCCACAACUGGCUGCACUGGUUUUCGUGGUUUCUUGUGUUUUUUAUUACCUCCUCUAUUGCUAUAUUUUUCAUCACUAUUCUCUUUCAUAUCAAGGUGAAAAAUGAUAUGGCAGUAUUCACCAAAAGUAACCCAGUUUUGAUAUUUUUCUUUCUGAUGUGUUUUGCAAUAUCCUCCAUCUCCUUUGGCUUCAUGAUCAGCACAUUCUUUAAUAAAACCAAUUUAGCUGCUACUACAGGAAGUAUCCUCUACUUUAUUGCCUACACCCCAUAUGUCCUUAUUGAAUUUCAAUAUAGCUCGCUGUCUUAUAGCCAGAAGUUAUUAUCUUGUCUCCUGUCAAAUGUUGCAAUGGCAUUAGGAAUUCUGCUCAUAGUCAAUUUUGAAAAGAAAGGGAUAGGCAUGCAAUGGAAAGAGUUUAUGUCACCUGUUAAUGUAAAUGAUAACUUCACUUUAGGACAUGUGAUAUUAAUGCUACUAUAUGACUCUAUUUUUUAUGGUUUGGUGGCCUGGUAUAUAGAAGCUCUGUUUCCUGGAGAAUAUGGUAUGCCCCAGCCCUGGUAUUUCUUCUUGCUGCCUUCCUACUGGGUGCAGAAGCCAAGAAUGAUUUUAAAAGAAAAGGAGGAGGAAGAUCUUGAGAAAUCUCCACAGCAUGAAUUCUUUGAGUCUGACCCUACAGACCUGCAAGUAGGAAUAAAGAUAAAAAAUUUGUCCAAGACUUUUAAAAAGGGAAAACAGAGAAAAGAAGCUGUUAGAAACCUGAAUUUGAACUUGUAUGAAGGGCAAAUCACUGUUCUUCUAGGACAUAAUGGAGCAGGGAAGACUACUACACUAUCCAUAAUCACAGGUCUCUUUCCCCCUACAAGUGGACAAGUAUACAUUAGUGGGUACGAGAUUUCACAGAAUAUGGCUCAUAUUCGGAAGAAUCUGGGUGUAUGCCCCCAGCACAAUAUCUUCUUUGAUGAAAUAACAGUUGCUGAACACCUUUUGUUUUAUGCUCAGCUAAAAGGAUUGCCUAAGAAAAAAUGCCCGGAGGAAAUUGAUCACAUAUUGGGCAUUCUUAAUAUGGAACCUAAACGCCAUGCUAUUUCAAGUACAUUGAGUGGGGGAAUGAAACGAAAGGUUUCCAUUGGUAUCGCUCUCAUAGCAGGCUCCAAGGUAGUGAUGUUGGAUGAGCCAACAUCUGGCAUGGAUCCAGUCUCUCGUAGGGCUACUUGGGAUCUACUUCAACAGCAGAAAAGUGAACGAACAAUUAUACUGACCACUCACUUUAUGGAUGAGGCUGACCUAUUGGGAGAUCGCAUUGCUAUCAUGGCAAAAGGAGAAUUGCAGUGCUGUGGCUCUUCACUUUUUCUCAAACACAAAUAUGGUGCAGGAUACCACUUGGUCAUAGUGAAGGAACCUAGAUGUAACAUUAAGGAAAUUUCCCAUCUGAUUCUUAAUUAUGUACCAACUGCCACAAUGGAAAGUAAUGUUGCAGCUGAAUUAUCAUUUAUCCUGCCGAAAGAAAGCUCAUACAAAUUUGAAUCUCUAUUUACUGAACUGGAAGAAAAACAGACAGAGCUAGGUAUUGCCAGCUAUGGGGUUUCUGUCACUACAAUGGAAGAAGUCUUCCUUAGGGUCAGUAAAUUGGUGGAUUCUAGCACUAAUCUCCACACAAUCCAGCUCCCAACACUGAAAUACAAGAAAAAUACAGAAGAUAGUGAAAAUCUUGAUGACUCAAGUGAAUUAGAACUGAACAUUCUAUCUCAAAAGAAAUUUUAUGUGAAAUUAAAUACCGGGUUUUAUCUUCACUGCCAGCAGUUCUUUGCCAUGUUGGUGAAAAAGAUUAUCUAUAAUUGGCGUGAGUGGAAGAUAGCAGCAGCACAGAUUCUCUUGCCUCUGAUUUGUACUGUUUUAGCUCUUUCAGUCAUCAACAAUUUUAAAACUUCAGAUUCUCCUUCUCUAAAAUUGUCCUUAAAUAUAUAUGGUAAGACAAUUGUGCCUUACAACUUCUCUGGAACUUCUCUGGAUCCAAAACUCAAAAAUAUCUUUCUUCAAACUUUGAAUAAUGAUGGACAUACACCCAUUCCAGUGAGAGACAACCUGGACGAUGAACUGCUUUCUAAGGCAAAAGAGAAUGAAAACUUUGAUAAUUAUUACCUUAUAGCAUUUUCCUUCAAACAGUUUGGAAAUCACACAUUAAUCACUGCUUUCUUCAACAAUCAGGCAUUCCAUACUCCCUCCAUAGUAGUAUCAGUUAUAGACAAUAUUCUAUUCAAGUUGCUUUCUGGCCCACAAGCUUCCAUUACUGCCUUCAAUCAUCCUCAACCUCGAAGUGAAUUGCAAAUUAAAAAUGAAGAGUUUUUUGGGGAUAAAACAGGAUUUGACAUUGCUACCCACCUACUCUAUGGAAUGGGUUCAUUGGCCAGUACAUUUUCAGUCAUGGCAGUUGGUGAAAGAGUCAUAAAGGCAAAGCACAUGCAGUUUGUCAGUGGGGUCUAUGCUUUUAAUUUCUGGCUGUCUUCCCUAUUGUGGGAUCUCAUUAUCUUCUUCAUUCCCUGUUUGCUGAUGCUGGGGGUGUUCAGAAUCUUUGAUGUAGAAGUUUUCAUUGAGGACAACCACCCUGCAGAUGUAUUGCUAAUGUUAAUGCUUUACGGCUGGUCUGUCAUUCCCCUCAUGUACCUAAUGAGCUUCUUCUUCGUGAAAAGUGUCACUGCCUUCAUAAAACUCUUCAUGUUCAACUACAUCUCAGGAAUUAUCACUUUAAUCAUCUUUGAAACCUUAGAAAUAAAGGAAUUACAAUUGGAAAAACUCACUAAACUUCUGGAAAGAUUAUUCUUCCUGCUACCUAGUUACAAUUUAGGGAUGAGCAUCUCAACUUUCACCCAAAACUUUGACUCCAAGAAAUACUGUACUUCCUCUAAAAUUACACUCUUAAAUUGUGAACUUUCCGAUAUAAAAUAUGAAGAUAAUUUCUAUGCAUGGGAAACUCCAGGAAUUGGAAAGUUCGUGUUCUCACAGGUUGUCUCUGGCAUUUUUUUCUUCAAACUGCUUUUAUUCAUUGAGGCCAACAUUCUCUGGAGACUGAAAAUCCUACUAAGUCAUCUCUUUAGAGUUCGGAAUUGGGCACAAGUACAUAGCCAAGAAUCAGACCUUACCAUAGAUGAAGACGUAGAACAAGAAAGAAAGAAAAUUGAGGAAUCCUUUUCAGAGCUUUUGCAGAAUACUCCACUGGUUAUUAAACAACUCACAAAGGUAUAUGGCAGAAGAGUGCGCCUCCUAGCUGUAAACAGGAUGUCCUUAACUGUUCAGAAAGGGGAAUGCUUUGGAUUGCUUGGCUUCAAUGGAGCAGGGAAAACCACGACCUUCAAAAUGCUGACGGGGGAUGAAACAAUCACCUCUGGGACAGCAUAUAUUGAUGGCUAUAACAUCGUUACCCAGAUUAAAAAGGUACAACAACGAAUUGGUUACUGCCCUCAAUUUGAUGCCUUACUGGAUUACAUGACAGGACGUGAGACUUUGGUCAUGUAUGCCCGGCUUCAUGGCAUCCCUGAGAGCCACAUUAAUAGCCUUGUGAAGGAUAUGCUUCAGGGGUUGCUUCUAGAAGCUCACUCAGACAAACUCAUCAAAACAUACAGUGGUGGCAAUAAGCGUAAACUGAGCGCUGGUAUUGCUCUAAUAGGAGAGCCCUCAGUCGUCUUCCUAGAUGAACCAUCCACAGGCAUGGAUCCUGUAGCCCGACGCUUGCUCUGGGAUACAAUAACAAAGAGUCGUGAGUCUGGAAAAGCCAUUGUCAUCACUUCUCAUAGCAUGGAAGAAUGUGAGGCUUUAUGUACCAGGCUGUCCAUCAUGGUGAAAGGACAGUUGAAGUGCAUAGGCAGCCCACAGCACCUCAAAAACAAGUUUGGGAGUGGAUAUACUUUGCUGGCCAAGAUCAAAAGCAGCAAUGAAAAGGACAACAUGACUUUAUUCAAAGAGUUCAUCAAAGAGACAUUCCCAGGCAGCGUCCUCGAGGAUGAGCACCAAGGGAUAAUUCAUUACUACCUGCCUUCCCAGGACCUUAGCUGGGCGAAGGUGUUUGGUAUCUUAGAGAAAAACAAAGAUCAAUACGAACUGGAUGAUUACUCCAUCAGUCAGAUCUCCCUGGAGCAAGUCUUCGUGAAUUUUUUCCGACUACAGCAUCUUUCAGAAGAAGGGAGAUAGGAGUAGCCACCAUCCUAUAAUCUAAUGUUUCUUCAUAGUAGCACACAGAACUCAGUUCUGUGCCAAAAUUUGACCAGACCUCAAAUGAAAGCAAAUGGAUCUUAAGAUGAAGAAUGGAAAGUACCAUCUGGAAGAUGCAAUCACAAGUGUGCCUCAGAUUAAAUUGUGUAUAAAAGUGUAGAAUAAAAUCUUAUUUUGAGAGCUAGAGCUUGUUUUGCAAGCAGCUGUGGGAGCCAAAUGGAAAGGAAGCUUUGAUGACAGGCUGAGUUGGGGGGAGAAUAUAAAGGUCAUGGCUCCUCUCCAUAGAGAAUUGGGCCUAAAACCAAUUAAUGACGAACACUGAGGUCCCAUCCUAAUAAAAAAUUACAUAGCAAAGCAGCAUAAAUUUUGACCUGGAAGGAAUAUUCAGGCCAUCAAGUCCAACAUUCUUAUUUUACAAAUAAGCCAACCAAUCCUAGGAAAGUGAAAUGCCUUAUGGAAGGGCACCUAAGCAGGAAGUGGCAA